AUGUCCGUGCAGCCGAGUCCGGAGCGGCACCGGCCGUUGACCGAUGUGGAGCUGCGGUACGACGUGGAGAAUCCGGCGCCGCCCGUGGUGCCCGAGUGCAGGUUUCGGAACGUGAACGACGACUUGGAGCUGGGCCCGGACGACGAUAUCAAGGAGCGCGGGGCCUCGGCGGCCUCGCUGUCGAUGUCCUCGAAGUCCGCCUCCUCGUCCUCGCGCAUGAUUCACUCCGCGCUGGCGGCCGCGCAGCGGGCGCUGACGCCGCCCAAGUACAACCUGGACUACCACGCGUCGGAGAAUUUCCCGAACUACCGGCAGGGGCAAACCCCGCCCCGCAGUGCGCACGGCACGCCCGUCAACGCCGGCACGCCGCGACAGGAUCAUGACCCGUUGUUCCGCGGUAGUUUCGAGGACCAGCACGGGGCGAUGAACGGAGGACCGGGAGUCCUCCCGCCGCCGCCCCGGUCGAAUUUGUUUGCCCACCUCCCGGUCGACCGCCGGAGCGCGCGAGGGAAAGAAGACAGCGAGCCCAGCAGUGACACGCCCAUCCACACGCCCAGCGUCACGCCCCACGGCACCCCGCGGUCGGACAUGACCAACAAGGUGUUUUCCGCGGCCCGCCACGGCAAGCACAAGGUCGUGGAGGACUGCCUGCUCGCGGAAGAGGGGUACUUCGACCCUUUGACCACCGUCGACCACCACGGAAACACCCUGUUCCACAUCGCGUGUCAGAACGGGAACCGCAAAAUCGGCAAGUUGGCAAUCAAGUACGGCGGGAACAUGGACGCGCAGAACUUGAAGGGCAACACGGGCCUGCACUUUCUGUACCAGUUCGGCUAUGGAGAGAUCGCAGAGUACUUCAUUUCCAAGGGCGCCAACCCUAACGUGCAAAACCAGAAGGGCUUCCCCUGUUACCAGGGUUUCAAGGGCAACAUCGGGACCGAAAUAAGGGAGGAGGGAGGUGUGGGCUGAGUGCACAACUCUUGGCGACUGAUUUGAGGUCCUAUCAGUGUGACACGUAGUAGUCUGGUGAUUGUGCUGAUGCGCAGAACAAAAGAAACCACGGGACGAGAUUUGAAUCCGUCGAGCAGAAGAAGUACGAAAUUAUUUGCGCUAGAGGUACAUGAAAGAUUUACCGAGCAAGUAU